CACCAGUAGCGGGUCAACUCUUCCCAACCCUUCUCUCUCCCCCUCUUAUUCGUCGCACCGGAGGCGAGGCAUGGAGCGAUGUUAGGGUUUCGGUCAAGCUGCUCUUCAUCUCCGAACCAAGAUGAUACGAUCGAGCUCCAUCACCUUCGUCCUCCUAAUUGUCGCUUCGCUCCUCCUCGGACGAUCGGAAUCGUCCUGCCAAACAGGCUGCAACCUCGCCCUGGGAUCCUACUACCUCACCUCCAAUGACAACCUCACCUACAUCUCCAACCUCUUCAGUGCCGGUGGCGCCAACAAUCUCCUCCCUUACAAUCCCAACAUCACGAACGUCAACAGCAUCAAGACCGGAGGCCGCGUCAAUGUCUUCUUCUCUUGCGACUGCCUCAAUGGCGAUUUCCUCGGCCACAAUUUCUCCUACGUCGUCGUUCAAGGCGACACCUACACUUCGAUCGCCCAAACUGUGUAUAAAAAUUUGACAACGGUUGACAUGCUGUCUACGUUCAAUAGCUUUCCGGCGACCAACGUGCCGACUGGAGCGACCAUCGGUGUGGUGGUGAAUUGUUCAUGCGGUGAUUCGUCGGUGUCAAAGGACUACGGGCUGUUCCUGACUUACCCUCUCCAGCCAGGGGAGACCCUAUCGUCGGUGGCUGCCGCGAAUGGGUUCGCCACGCAGGAGGAUUUGCUGCAGAGGUAUAACCCCCAGGCGAAUUUCAGCUCUGGGACAGGGAUCGUGUUUAUCCCUGCGAAAGAUACUAGUGGAAGUUAUCGUCCCCUUUCCUCAAGUGCAGGACUGUCGGGGGGAGCUAUUGCUGGAAUUUCUAUAGCUGGAGUAGUUCUACUAAUAUUUGCUAUAUAUUUAUAUAUUCAUUUUCAAAGGAGAAAGAAGUUGAAGAAAGCCUCAUUGCUUUCAUCACCACCUGAAGCUUCCAUGUACAAGCCAGGAGUGGUUACAUCUCCAGCAGAUGGUAGUUCCCCAUUUGCAGGUAUUACUGUCGAUAAAUCAGUGGAGUUCUCUUAUGCGGAGCUUGCUGCGGCUACAGAUGAUUUUAGCCUGGCUUACAAAAUCGGAGGAGGUGGCUUUGGAGUUGUUUAUUAUGCUGAGCUUAGAGGAGAGAAAGCUGCUAUCAAGAAAAUGGAUAUGCAGGCAACUAAUGAAUUUCUUGCUGAACUGAAAGUCUUAACAAAUGUUCAUCACUUGAAUUUGGUGCGCUUGAUAGGAUAUUGUACUGAGGUUUCCUUAUUCCUUGUUUAUGAAUUCAUUGAAAAUGGCAACUUAAGUGAGCAUAUGCGAGGGUUAGGUAGAGAUCCUCUGCCAUGGGCCAUGAGGGUGCAGAUUGCCCUUGAUUCAGCCAGGGGUCUAGAGUAUGUCCAUGAGCAUACUGUUCCAGUGUAUAUACAUCGUGAUAUUAAAUCAGCAAAUAUAUUGAUAGACAAGAACUACCGUGCAAAGGUUGCAGAUUUUGGAUUAGCAAAACUCACUGAAGUAGGUGCAUCUUUGCAAACACGGCUUGUUGGCACAUUUGGCUACAUGCCUCCAGAGUAUGCACAGUAUGGUGAGAUUUCUCCUAAGGUGGACGUUUAUGCAUUUGGAGUUGUUCUGUAUGAACUUAUUUCAGCCAAAGACGCAAUUGUUAAAACAGGCGGUUCUGUCACGGAAUCGAAGGGAUUGAUUGCUUUGUUUGAGGAGGCUUUCAGUAAACCUGAUCCCAAGGAAGAUCUGAGGAAUUUAGUUGAUCCAAGGCUCGGUCAGGACUAUCCAAUCGACUCGGUUCUUGCGAUGGCAUGGCUUGGAAAGAGCUGCACUCAAGAGAAUCCUCAGCAGAGGCCAACCAUGAGGCAAAUUGUAGUUUCGCUGAUGACACUAUCUUCUGCUACCGAAGACUGGGACAUCGGUUCCUUCUUUGACAACCAAGCUCUUGCCAGUCUCAUGUCUGGAAGAUAAUUCGCGCCGUCUCCCCCUAAACUGCAGUCGUCAUCUGUGAAUCUGUAAGCAUGGGACCUUUUGUAUCAUUUACCAAUAAUAAGUAACUUUAUUUUUUGUGGUUCUUGUUA